CUCCCACCAGUGCUUUCCCUCGACUUGCCGUUCCUCGCCUCUUCCCCACCGGACAGCAACCCAGGCUACCUACCACCAUGACAAAGAGAACGAAGAAGGCUGGUAUUGUUGGAAAAUAUGGUACCCGUUAUGGGGCCAGUCUUAGGAAGCAAAUAAAGAAGAUGGAAGUCAGUCAGCACAGCAAGUACUUCUGUGAAUUCUGUGGGAAGUAUGCUGUUAAGAGAAAGGCUGUAGGAAUCUGGGGUUGCAAGGACUGUGGGAAGGUCAAGGCUGGCGGUGCCUACACUUUGAAUACUGCUAGCGCUGUGACUGUGAGGAGCACUAUUCGGAGGCUGAGGGAACAAACCGAGAGCUGAGCACCGCCAUAUUUGUUUUCUACAAUAUUUAAGAUUUCUGCAUUCCUUAGUUAUGACUUCUUAAGAUCAUUUUUGGGCAAUGAUGUGUCUUUCCCUAUUUCUCACUUUUGUAUCUUGGGAGCUGGUUGUGUUUGGUGGCAGGUUAAUGCUACCUGAUUUAAGUUCAAUCGAUGGUGUUAUUAUCACUCAUAUGUGCUUAUUGAAUUUCUUAUUUCCUAGGUGAAAUUAAUUAAUAAUUGUUUU